AUGCGCAGCUGCAACUGGCUGCUACGGCACAGGCUGGGUGCGAAAGAGGAUCCCCGCUUCCCUGCCUGCCUUCCUAAUCCUGCUAUGGGUGAAGCCCCCAAAGGAUCCCAGCAGCAGCAGCAGCAUCGGCUACAGUUUUGCCGGUAAGUGACGGAGCGGAGGCCUCUCCCCCCGGUUCUUCCUUUCUCACCCGGCCCGAGCGUAGCGCGCCGCAGUUCUCCGCGCGGUCCGGCAGAGGGCGGCCCCGAUCCCACGGCUGGGUCCUUCCCCUGCUGGACGCCGCCCCUUCCUCCUCCUCCUCCUCCUCCUCCUCUGCCUCCUCCUUCCCCUCCUCCGGCUGGCUCGACGCCGCCCCCCCUCCCCUAGCCGCCGCCUUUUCGCCUCUCCUCAGCGCUGGGACUGCUGCUACGCGAGGCCGGGGAUCCGACGGGGCGAGCAGGCCGCGAGACACCUCCGGGCCUCGCUCUCCAGGUAGGGGAGAAGGGAGGAAGCUGGGCAGGGCGAAGCUAAAGCGCCUCUUUCCUCGCCCCGGAGCUCCUGCCCCGCCGGCCACACGGAGCCGAGCGGGGUGGCGGUCGCUUUCCCCGCGGGCGGCGGAGGAAGGAGGAGGAAAAAGGCGCUCCUGGCCCCGAGCGGGGCCGCCUGCCCUGCUCCUUGGACGGAGUAGGCCGAGGCCCGGCCAGCGGCACGGGAGACGCCCCGAUAACAUGUGAAGGCGGCGCUCCCGGGCCGGCGGGGCGAGGCAGCCCUUCGCCUGACCCGGUCGGCCUCGUCGCAACCUCUUGGCCGGCGGCCUGGGGCAACACACGGCCCUCCAGGUGUGUAGAUCGCCCCCCCCGCAACUCCAGAUGUUUUUGGCUUGCACAGCUGCCUGGGGUUGAUGGGAGUUGGCGACCAGCAACAUCCGGAGGGCGCCUGCCUGGCCAAAAAAAAGGCUGGCAUCUUGGCUGGGGGGGGCGGGGAACCUUUGCGUUCCAGGGUGAUGGAGAUGAACGAUCUCGGUGGGCUGUGCAGUGUGGAGAAGCCCUUAACAACCCAGUCACCCACCAGGGCAUUUCUGCGGUCAUGGUAGGCAGGAUGUGGCCCUGGGCAACCUGAACGGAGAGGACCAGCGAAGCAGCCUUUAGCCCACGCAAGGGCUCUGGACUGUCCAACCUACAUCUGGCUUCUUGGGGUGGGUGCUGCUCCCCAAGUCUCUGGCAGAGAAGAGCCAUUCUAUGCCACCUGGGAUCCUUUUUUACCUGGAGGAGGGAAUCUGGGACCAUCUGUGUGUAAAGUAGAUGCUGUGCCACUGAGCUGCAAAACCUGGCAAGGUGAAAUUCUCCGUAAGUUGGAAGAGGGCAGAUGUAUGCAGCUGAGCAUCUCUCUAAAGAUGGGCUCAAGCAGAGAAUCUGGCCAAAUUAUCAUGCCCUUGAGUGAGGAGAUGGAGCUGCUUUUAAAAACUUAAGAACAGCCCUCCUUUAAAGCCACCCGAGUUGGUGGCUUUCACUGCCUUCCAUGGGAGUGAGUUCCAUAGCUUUUAACUAUUCACUGCGUGAAGAAGUACUUUUUUUUGUCUGCCUGAAUGUCCCAGUCUUUUAAGGUAGUGGAGCAGAGAGUUCACAGUUACGCUGCUGUCUUGUCUUAUGCAUCUUGAGAGAGUAGAUGCAUUGGCAACAUGGUGCACAGAUCAUUCCCUGGGCUCAGUAGAGCUGUGAUCACUGGAGAUGAUGGGAGCUAUAGUACCAAAACAUUUGGAGGGCACCAGUUUGCAGUAAAAUUCUUAAGCAGGUCCCCAGAUAGACCAAUUUCCAGGAAAACUUGUGAUAGGUGGCUCUGCUUCACCAAACUGGAAGGUUUCUUUCCUAUAGUUUGGCUGUGGAUUUGCUUGCUUGAAUUCUUGAGCUUUCCCCCUCUUGGAUUGUUUCUUUUCCGUGGGACAUUUUGCUUCUGCUUCUCCACCACUUGAUACCUGGCUGUUGCUAGCUUGCUUACGUGGACAACCAUCUUAACACACACACCUGCCCUCAUUGUAUUGUAUUGUCAGAUCUUGGCAUGAGGACAGUUAAGAAGCUCUUCCCACCCCCUGGGGCAGUUUUGUCAUCUGCAUGCUUACAUCAGCCUUCCCCAACCUGGUGCCCUCCAGAAGAUUUGGACUACAACUCCCGUCAGUCCUGACUAUAGGUUACUGAUGGUUGGGGCUGAUGGGAGUUGUAGUCCAAAACAUCUGGAUGGUACCAGACUGGGGAAGUAUAGUUAAUUGGUAUCCAGCAGACAGAGGGGUUCAAAAGAUGGGCUGAAGAUGCAGUAGGGUUUUAUUUCAGAUUUGUAUCUUGUGCUUUCCAGAUAGCUAUGCAGAUACUAGAUGCAACUUUGAUUAGCGUUCAGCUUAGUGUUUGCAGAGCUGAUGUCAUAUUGUCAACAAAUGAUGUUUGUCUACCUGGCUGCCUCUUUAUAUUAUUUUUAAACUUUUUAUUUUCUUUGUGCAAGGGUCUUCAAAGAACGAAAAACAAUAAUCUUGAGUUCAGUACAAAAUGGAUUGUCCCCUUUGUGCUAUGGCAGGAAACACAGAGGUGAAGGCAGGCAGGUUGGGACGGCCUUGACCCAUCCCAUGGCAGUCAUGGAGAAGGUGAACUUGGCCUUUGAGUUACCCAUUUUGUGGCAGGGUGCUUGUACAAGUGCUUGCUGCUGUCCAGAGAGAUGCAGCUUGAGCUGUACACACAGUCCCUGGUGACAUCCUGCCCUGUUUCUGGAUGUUUAUUUAUAGCCAGCUCUGUUCCAUGGACUCUUGAUGGUGCAGGUUAGCAAAUAACUUAGUAGUGUGGACAAUCUUUGGCAAAGGAGAAUUGUGAUCAGUGGAAAGUGUAUUUUGAAGCUCCAGCUCGGGCAGAGUCCAGUUUUCCAGAGUUUUCAAUAAUAAUAAUAAUAAUAAUACCCCACCCAUCUGGCUGGGUUUCCCCAGUCACUCUGGGGUAAACUGGUUUGGGCUGAAAAACAAAACAAAUCUCACAAAACUUUAGAUGUGCAUUUUUCUGUGUGGAUAUAAAUAGGUCAGCCUUUGGCAACCAGGGAUGCUCCAAAUGUUCCAGGCUACAGUGGUUGCUGACUGGAUAAUAAUAAUAAUAAUAAUAAUUUAUUUUAUUUGUACCCCGGCCAGAGCCGGACUCAGAGCGGCUAACGUCAUAUACGGUAAAUAAUACAAUAUGCAUAAAAACCAGCAAUCAAUUUAUUAAAAUGCAUCCCAAAAUUAAUUCAAAUAAAUUAAAGUUAAAGUUAAAACUGGACAAAUGACAAUCCUCAGGUUAAAAUUGAAGUGAAUGGGGGUGCCUCAGGUCAGCAAAGGGUGUUCCAAGUUGAACACCUGGGACAACGAGGAGCUAUCAGAAUGAUGGAGAUCUGGGCAGGAGGAAGAGGAGGAGAGAGUCGAUCCUGGGAGAGCCCCUGGUUGUGCUCCCCAAAUCAGCGAGGGGGAAACAUGAUGGAAUGGGUAUUCCUUGCUUUGGACAUGAUGGCCGGGUUGAACAUUAGGAACAGAAAAUGGAUCUUGAAGAAUUGAUGUGUACUGUUAGUCCAGCAGGAACGAAACUGUAGCCAGAAGGGUGUCUUUCUCUGCAUCCCAGCAAGCUGACCAGCUUUUUUCCAGAAGUGCCACUGAGACUAAAAUGCCACACAGAUCUCUGGGGAAAGGGUCCAUUUCAAACUAUCAAGUUAUUAAUAAAUAAAAAGAAACGGAGACAUCUUGGUUCUGCAUCCAUCGGUCAUUUUCUUCUCUCCCCCUGCCCCCCCCGCAAUAUAUAUGCUACCCUAAUAUGUUUAAUAAGCUCAUAUGGCUGCAUCAGGUUCUAGAGGUCAAAGAUCCUCAGGUGUGUUUAGCCUGAAGGUUAGGCCAUUGCAAUAUAUUGGCUUGCUAGCUUAGCUUGAGUCCAGAGUGUGUUCUCCUUGCUUCCAGGAUUCCUCUGCAAGCUCUUUCCUACCCAAGCAUAUGAGAGGAUAGAGAAAAUACUCAGUUCUCUUGACAUCACAGGCACUGUGUGCCCUAUAACCUAAAUUAAGUACCAGGGCUACCAGGGCUGAUGUUUUUAAAGGAAAACAGGCAUGGUAAAGCAAUAUAAAUGCUCCUGGGCAAACUGUAGAUUGAAAAGGGUAUGAAAAAGGGAACCCUGGCCAUACAGACUUACACAAAGGGAUUGUUUAGGUCUUUUAAAAAGCAUAACAACAUUAGAUAAACCCUGAAUCUGGAUUAGGCCGGACACCUCCAUCUAGUCUAAUAUCCUGUUCUCUCAGUGGCCAGCCAGGUGACUAUGUUUUAACUGAAACUUUUUAUAACAUUUUAACUCUUUUAAGAUUUUUUAAAAAAAGUAAGUUCAUCAAAAGAUUCUUGUAGGAUGUACAAACAGAUAAAAUACAAAACAAACCAAACAGGAACAAAACCCUGAACUAAGGCAUAACUUAGCCUGGGUAUCGCACCCCGCCUCCACAAACUCGUAGCAUCACAAAUAAAAUGAGAAAGUUGGAUAGCUUUCUACAGAUUCACAAUAAAAAAUGUAAAGCACAUUUCAAGAAGCACAUAAUGUUUUUGUCUCAUUUAACUCUGGUUUUCAAGCCAGUGACCAACAAUGUUUGGGAAUCUUGUCCAGCUACACAGAUUUUUGAGAUGCAGGUGAAAGAAAUUGACCCUCCUGUUGAGUCACAUAAGUUAUGAGAGGGGACCCUGUGCCAUCAAAUGUACUUUUCAGUUUGACCCCUCUCAGACAUCAGUUGUUGUUUCUCAGCUCACUUUUCCAUUAAAGCCAACCAUUGCACUUUGGUGCACCAAACCUUUAAAGCAAAAUUGUGUGUGGUGUCCCCAUUGAUGCACAAUAGGAUGUUUUGUUCAUUUGUUUUUAUGUUGUGCAUGUGUUUGCCACUCUGGGCUCCUUCAAGGAUAUAAAUUCAAUAAAUACAUAUGGGAAGCCCACAAGUUGGACCUAAAUGCAGUAGCACUCUCCCUUAUUGGGAUUCCCAAAGCCAUUGUAGCUAGUAGCCACUGAGAGCCUUCUUGUCCGAGUAUUCUCUAAUUUUUUGUUUCAUAAAUAUCUUGUUCAUGUCUAUCUAUGCUGCUUGCAACUAGUGUGUGUCCCCUAGUGAAAAAGGCCUCCCCUUGGAGUUAAAAUGUUAGUGGGGACAGCUGCUUGCUUCCAAGCUUCUUAAAAAAAUAUAUUAUCCCAAGUUUUGUGCAGGAUGUCUAGAAAUGGGUGGAUCCUUCAGGAGAGAUCUGCUGCCAUUCCAGUUGCUCGUUUGGGAGUUCUCGUUUCUUAAUUAGUGAGUGUUUUGUUGCUAACUUCAAGACUGCUUUCCUGGCUAGCUUUGGAAGUGUCCAUUGAUAAUUCUCCAGUAGCAAUUGCUUCAAGCUGCAGAGCUUUUUUUUAGUAUAGUCGUGUAUCUGGAACUUGCAUGGCAGAGUUGUGAACAAUUGUUGUGUAAGUUUUCAAUAUAAGCUUUCAAUAUGGAAAAAGGUUUGUCCCUAGUUGGAGAAACACUUCUGCAAUCUCCAGCCUGCGGUCUCUGGCCUAAAAUUAAUUUUUUGUUUGCUUGUUCUCCCCACAGUUGUGGGUGGUGGGGAGGUAGUCGUUAGUAGAUUAAAUAUGCUUUUUAAGUGCGAUAAGCAGCUUUUUAUCUGAAUUGCUGUCUUUCCUUGCAGGUUCCCUUCCUUGAUACCCAUUCUGGUGCCAGGCAAAAGGCCUCCUGCAUCCUUUAGGAUGUCCCGUCCGCUGGUGUCUGCUUUGGUUUGA